AUGGAGAUGAUGGUUGCUUGUUCUUAUAUGGCUUCAAUAAAAGAAGUUACUAAUGAAGACAAAACAAAAACUUCAGAAAUCUCAUGGGAGGAAAUGAAGCGGGGAGGUAUGAUUGGUGCAGCUGCUUUAACUGGAGGAACCUUGAUGGCUAUCACUGGAGGCCUAGCUGCUCCUGCAAUUGCGCAAGGAUUGGGUGCUCUAGCUCCUGCAUUAGGUGGUAUCAUCCCUGCAAUUGGAGCAAGUGGCUUUGCUGCUGCAGCAACUGCCACAGGGUCUGUUACCGGCUCUCUUGCUGUUGCUGCAUCAUUUGGAGCUGCUGGAGCUGGACUUACGGGGAACAAAAUGGCUAGAAGGACCGGCAGCAUUGAAGAAUUUGAGUUCAGAACAAUUGGAAAUUAUGAUCAAGGACGGCUAGCAGUGGGAAUAUUGGUUUCUGGACUUGUUUUUGAGGAUGAAGAUUUUAUAAGGCCUUGGGAAGGUCAAAAUGAAAACUUGGAAAGGUAUGCCCUCUGGUGGGAGUCUAAGAAUUUGAUUGCAUUGAGCACUGCAAUCCAAGACUGGCUUACUUCAAGAAUUGCCUUAGAGUUGAUGAAAGAAGGUGCCAUGAUGACUGUAUUAAACACCCUUCUAGCAGCAUUUGCUAUGCCGGCAACAUUAGUUACAGCAUCUGAUCUUAUAGAUAGCAAAUGGGCAGUUGCAGUGGACAGAUCAGACAAAGCUGGGAAGAUGCUUGCUGAAGUGUUGUUGAAUGGACUGCAAGGAAACAGGCCUGUGACGCUCAUAGGGUUCUCGCUGGGGGCCAGAGUAGUUUUCAAAUGUCUCCAAUGCUUGGCUGAAACAGAAGGGGAUAAUGCUGGUCUUGUAGAAAGGGUUGUUCUGCUUGGAGCACCAAUUUCAAUUGAAGAAGAAAACUGGACGGAUGCUAGAAAGAUGGUGGCCGGUAGAUUUGUGAAUGCUUAUUCUAUAAGCGACUGGACACUGGGAAUUGCCUUUCGUGCGAGCUUACUUUCUCAAGGUUUAGGUGGAAUUCAACCUGUUGAUGUUCCUGGGAUUGAGAAUGUUGAUGUGACUCAACUUGUUGAAGGCCAUUCUUCUUAUCUUUGGAAGACAAAACAGAUCUUGGAGCAGCUUGAACUCGACUCUUACUACCCUGUUUUCAGAACUACACUCAAACCCCAGGAAGAUAAUAGUUGUGUAAAUUAG